AUGAGCUUAACUGAUAACGGCGAUAUAGACUCUGAGGACUUCGAGAUGUCCGACAGUCGAGAAACGUCGCUACUGUUGGACAGUGCGUCAGGUAUGGCAGACCGAAGCGUUAAAUACUUGGAUAGUGAAAAUGAAGUUGUGUUCGAGGGAACGUCAACAAACGCAGAUGUCCGCGAACCAGAGGAGACGAAGACAUCGGGUUUUCUCUACGUACUGUCAUUUUUCGCCGCUAUUGGUGGCUUUUUAUUUGGAUAUGAUACCGGUGUGGUCUCGGGUGCGAUGUUACUGCUGAAAGAAAGGUUCAAUUUGACUUCUCUUUAUGAAGAAAUCAUUGUGAGUGCUACUAUCCUCUUCGCUGCCAUUUUUGCUUUAGUCGGUGGAUUCAUGAAUGACUUUCUUGGAAGAAAAUUUACGACUAUAUGUGCCAGUGCUGUAUUCACAGGAGGAGCAGUCAUUUUAGGAUUUGCUAAAAACAUUGCCAUGCUUGUCAUUGGAAGAAGUAUACUGGGUAUAGGAAUAGGUUUAGCCUCCAUGACUGUACCGAUUUAUAUCGCAGAAUGCGCUCCACCUCAGAUGAGGGGACGGUUGGUAACAUUGAACAAUCUAUUUAUUACUGGCGGCCAGUUCAUAGCUAGUGUUGUUGAUGGUGGAUUCAGUUAUGACAAGACCAAUGGCUGGAGAUGGAUGCUUGGAUUGGCAGGGAUUCCAUCUGCGAUACAGUUUAUCGGAUUCCUGUUUCUCCCUGAGAGUCCGAGAUGGCUUGUCAAGAAAAAGAGAAUACAGGAUGCCACAAAAGUUCUCCAGUUUAUCCGGGGAAGUCAAAAUGUGGAACGGGAGAUUAAGUCUAUUCAGCAAAGCUGUGAACAGGAUGAGGAAGUUGGUCGUGUUCAUGGAGAUCAGUUUGUUUUGGUGAAGAUAUUCAAGAAUCGUGCUGUACGUAAGGCUGUCAUAGUUGGCUGUGGUUUACAGUUGUUUCAGCAACUAAGUGGAAUCAACACUGUUAUGUACUACAGUGCCAGUAUAGUAAAGAUGACAGGCAUACGGGAUGAAACGACGGCUAUCUGGAUUGCUGCUGGUACGGCUGGUGUUAACUUUGUCUUUACCCUUGUGGGUCUGUGGCUGGUGGAGAGGAUAGGGCGACGCCCACUUAUCUUGGGGAGUUUAUUUGGUGUACUAAUUAGUCUAGUAGUGUUGGCUGUGGGAUUUCAGCUGAUGGCCUUCAACUCUCCGCCUGUCUCUGAUCACACCAAUCAUAGCUCAGUGUCACCAUGCCUCUCUUACAAUUGGUGUGAGGGAUGUAUAGAAGACAAGAACUGUGGCUACUGCUACACAGAGGUUGGAAAGUCUGCAGUCAAUGGAUCAUGUCUACCAAUUAUGACUGAUGAUUCAAGUCAGGCCCUUUUUGGUCAAUGUAACAGCACGUCUCUGCCCCCAGACACAGUCUGGGCCUAUGGUUACUGUCCAACAGAUUACUCCUGGAUGGGCAUCCUUGGUUUAGUCCUCUAUCUCAUGUUCUUUGCUCCAGGGAUGGGUCCCAUGCCCUGGACUAUAAACUCUGAGAUCUAUCCUCUGUGGGCCAGAAGUGCAGGGGGUUCCUUAGCCACAGCCACCAACUGGAUCUUCAAUUUAGUAGUCUCCAUGUCUUUCCUUACCCUUACAGAGACACUCACUAAAUACGGAACCUAUUGGUUAUUUGUUGGGAUAGUUUUUCUAGGUCUUGUGUUCAUGUUCUUCACUGUGCCCGAAACCAGAGGCAAGCACCUAGAAGAAGUGGAAGAACUUUUUGAAGAGCCUUGGUGCUCUAGAUGUUCAGGAGAAUCAGGAAAGAUAACUGUGAGGGAAUGAUGACUGGAAGAAGUUACUUAUUGUUAUCACAUUAUAAGACAUUUGCUCAAUGGUUUGUG